AUGUGGACGGGCGGUUACUCGAGGAUUCUCGAAUAUUCUGCGUCCGCGCGCCGCACUCCGAAUUCUAGAAUAUUCUCCCGUCAAUAUAUACGCCGGCGAUCAUCACGGCGUCGGUCAGUUUGUUUUCGCCGUGCUUGUCGAUCAGAUCGUUCUGUAACUCGCUCGUACAUCGAUACCGGCCUUUUUCGGAAGUCAGAACCGUACAAAGCGAUUGAAGAUUUGUGUUGUCGUCCGAUCCGAAUCGACAAUCGAUCACCGUAAAAGGUACGUAUGUUAUAUUCGGAUCAGUUUCGAAAUUAAAAUGCAUAAAUAACUACAUAACUAUAUAUAUUUUUUUUUUUUAAAUUCAAUUUAACUACUUUAACUUGACUGAACAGUGUAGUUUUAUGAUUUAAAUCUCGUAAAAAAUUAUUUUACAGUCGUCCACCUUCUUGCGUAAUAUAUACUUAAGAGACAUUUAAUAAGAUUUUAUAAAUAACCUAUAUUAUUAUAGUUAUUAUAUUAUUAUAUUAUAGGUAGGUAUGACAAUUUAAUUGCAUAUGACAUGGAACACAUUUAGACAUAUACGUUUUUUUUUUUUUUCUAUUCAACGUCUCAAUUGGUAUUUUUAUUAGUUUUAUUUUCAUUGAUUUACUACACUAUUUGUAACUAUUGUUUUGACUUGGUAGAGUAUAAAUGAUUUCUAUAAUAUAUAUAUUUCUUUUUAGAUGUCUCUGUUACCAUUUUUAUUGGAGGAUCUUUCACGCCCAACCGUAUACGAUCAGCACUUUGGUCUGGGAUUGUUAGAUGACGUGUUGGUACCAGCAGAAUAUAAUCCGCAUUUCGGAAGAGAUCCUUUUGGAAUUAGAGGUUAUCAAAGACCAAUGCGUCUUGUGGCAGCGCCUAAAAGUGGUCUGUCUCGUAUUCGCAAUGACAAGGAUGGCUUCAAAGUGAAUUUAGACGUUCAACAGUUCAAACCCGACGAGGUCACUGUGAAGGUGAUUGAUGACUACAUCGUAGUGGAUGGAAAACACGAAGAACGCAGUGAUGAACACGGUUUCAUUUCUCGUCAGUUCACUCGUCGUUACAAAAUCCCAGACACUGUUGANGCUCCCAAGAAGGUAUAGUUUAAAAUAAUAUUUAUUGUUAAAAUAUAACCAUAGGUAAAUAGACAUAAAAUAAUAAUUAUUAUUAUGUCUAUGCAUAAUAUGUAAUAGUAUUUAUCAACGGGUAAUAACAUAUUAAUGAUGUCUGUUGAAUUAUUUAGGUUAUCAAUGAAAAGAAGGAGGAGAUAUCCAUUCCCAUUGUUCAAACCAAUGAGCCUAGUAUUAAAGUAUCUGCUAACAAAGAAAAAAAGGAAGAAGAAAAAAUGGAUACUAAAUAA